UGUGUGCAUAUUUUUGCUAGUGUGGGCUCAAUAUUUCCAUUUGUCAAAACGAAAUCAUCAAAUACACAAAAGAAAAAUUCUCGUUGUGAUCAAAUCACACAACAUUCACUUUUCCAUAUUCAGAAAAACUUUUAACCCCCGAACCAAAAAGAAAAUCACACAUUAAAUACAAAUUUCAUCGUCUGACAUAGACAGAGAGUGCUUUCAAAAAAUCAUCGUCAUAAAAUAUUUGCAUAAUGUAUUUGAGUCGGCACGUAAAAUCAAUUGAAUAAAAGUACGUUUGUACGCACACAUUACUUUACCACUCAAUAUGUUUUGCAAUAUAAUAUUUUGAUACGCCGGGCUUUUAAAAAAUAUACAUUCGUCGCACAAUUUUCACUUUUGAGAGUUUUUCAAGCGAAACUUUCAACAUUGAAAAGAAUUUAUGAGAUUUCAUUUGGCAUGUCUCAGUCAAAUGGAAAAAAGCUUUUGAAAAUAUAAUUAUGAUAGUGUGUUUUUUUUUUCAUUCGAUAUUUGACCGCUUGAUUGGCAAAGUUUGCCGAAAUCAGUGUAUACGGGUAUGUGGUUAUAAAAAAAAUCAAUGGAGUUCUAUUUUUGUACAAAUCAUUCGCAAAUUUGUUGGAAAGUAAGAGUGAAUUAAGGGAAGUGACAAGCGAACGAUGCGAAAAGUUUUCUUUUCGGACGGGACCCGGUACAAGACGAUAAACUAUAUCGAAAAAUGUUGACAAACCAUAGGACGCAAUUCCGGUUCAUUUGCAGAUAGGCGAAAGAAGCAUUUAGAGAAAUAGAGAGUUUUGUGUGCAAUUUUAUUGAUUGGAAUUGAAAAUGAUUCGAAGCCAUAGACGAAAAUGACGAAGACAAAUGUGUCGAAUAUAUGAUAUAUGCUAUAGAAAACAAGACAAAAAUGAUGAACAGUGUUUUAUCAAUAAACCUUCAAUAACAUUCAGCCAAUCAUCUCUAUGGUGGCGACGAGCAUUGAUUUUAUUCAUCAUUUCUUCAUAUUUAUUGGUUCAGUUGAAAAGAAACGAUAACAUACAGCACUCUCUCGUUUGAUUUGCUAUCGUAUUUCAAGUUGUUCGGUGCCAUAAAACGAGCAAGAAAAGACAAAUUAAUUGAGGGUUGAACACAUUUAUUAAUAAUUGUUUGGGUGUAUUCUUUUCGCGAUCGCAUAUUUUUCGUCAUUCUUUUGGUGCAAAAAAAAAAACGACAACAACAUAGCUCAGACACACACACACACACACACACACACACAACGGCAGAACGGAAUUGAAAGUGUACGUGAAUUUUGGCAAUGCGCUUAUCGAUAUGGAUUCCAGGCAUUUUGGGAAUCCUCGGUCCGAUCGUCAUCCCUAUUUCACAUAUGGUAGUUUUAUGGUUUUAUUGGCAGAAUUAUGCUCGUUUCGUUGACCGCCGAUUUUGCUCAUGCUCCUGUUGGGACACCGUAUUUAAAGGUACAUAUGAGUCGGGCAUCGCGAGCUACAAGCAUUUGUAUUUCAAUGCAACGGAAAAUACGAUGAAAAUAUGGAUAUUGACUGUGAUUGCAAUCAUCGCAUUGUACGAAUGUGCAAAGCAUUUAAUCAGGCUAAUGAUUAUGAAAUCCGUUCGAUAUUCCAUGAUAUUUCUAUUUUGCUUAUCGAUUUUUUCGCAUUAUUACGCAUGGUGGGCCUAUGUUAACUACUACAACGACGAUUUUUACAGUCAAUGGAAUCAUCAAAUGUUUUUUACGAUUACCGAAUUAUUAUCGACUAGUGUAGUGUUUCAUUUAGCAAAUUUAGAAAAUAUAGUAACACCAAGAAAAAUACUGUGUAUCGUCGGCGUAGCUAUACUGCAUAUUGUAGCAAGUGGAUUUGAUCAAUUCAUUGCGAAUGUUUUCAAAGGUGAAGGCUUGCUUCAUCAGAUAAUUCGAGAUUUAGGUUUUAUGGUCCCAGACAUUUUUCAUUUCUGGUUACCACUUUGGUUAUUGAAGAGAACAAGACGAGAAAAUUACUCGACCAAACCAUUUUAUCGAGAUUAUAAAUUGAGACGUGAUACAAUCGCUACAAUUUUGAUUGUGACCAUUUUAUUGCUGGUUUGUACAUUCCUUUAAACACACACACACUCACACAAAGGACAAAUUCAAUUCAAUUUGUUUGCGAUUUUGCUAUUUGUUUCAUC